GUCAUGAUCGUCGUGGUCUAUCUUGAAACUCAAAUCUCAUGAAAGAAACUGCUAGAUCUACUAGCGCUUCUACUAGUAUAAGGACCAGCCGAUCUGCGCACAGCUUCUACCAAGUUGUAGUACAAAAAGAUGAGGCUUCUAGGUACCAUAGACACUGUAGUUCGUCCCUUGCCGCCCGGGAAGCUGAAGCGGAGGCGUGGUCGAGCGUAGUUACACACUGGGAAGAAACGACGUCAUCACCUCCAGGACGACAGAAGCGGCUGGAGAGGCCCCGUUUUCAUCUCAGGCAAUAAAGGUCAUCCUCAGGGGCUUACCUGCUGAACUUACGCGAGGUCACGGUGCGAAAUUUGAACCCCUGCCCCGACGAGCUAUAGUCUCAAUAAAACCUCUUCCACGGCGGUUUGAUCUGAGCCAAGCAGCGCGCAAACCCGGCGAUCUUCGUCGCACGCCCGACGCUGAGCUGAGUACUCCUCCAUCAACAGAGUCAACAGUCGCAACAGCAGUAAGUACGUCCUCGACCUCGACCUCGCCUGUAAUUUUUUCCACCAACAAAACAGCAAGAUGGGCAAGAAGAAGGGGGGCAACAAGGAGAGCGGGGGCAAGAGCCUCACCGCACUCGAAGUGUACGAUGAGGUCAAGAUGCGGUUCGAGGUUCGCAAGCAGACGGAGCGCGUAUGCACUGCAAAUGUGUCGGGGUCUGCAGGACAAGUAGAAUGCAAACCUUGUGUGUCAUGCAAUAAAGGCAGAAAUCAUCAUUUCAUGCUUCUAGUACUAUUAGUUGCAGCACACUGUGCACUCCAUAAAGGUAUUUUUUUCAUGAUGCUUCGGUAGCUACUGAUGAAGUUCUGUCUCUUCCUCAUGGGGUCGCAUCAAGAAUGCAAAUUCAUUUUCUUAUUCCCAGAGCCAGCCCUAUUUGCACUGCAUAGCAUGUAUCAAAUGUAAAAAUGUCUGGGUCUGGAAGAAUGCAAGACUUGUGAUACAGGUUUUCCAUGACCCAUGAGGUCUGGAAUGUGAGACCCAGCAUGACAGAUUUUGUGAGGUCUCUAUUAUGCCUUUCCUGCAUGAGAAACUCCCUCGCAACUUGGUCAAAAGCGGACAGCUUUUGGUACUCACGCAACACAGAUUUUUGCAUCAUUCAGAUUUAGCAUGACAACUUCUAACCUUCCAGACCCAGACAUUUUUACAUUUGAUAGCAUGGCGAUUUGUACGAAACCAGCUUCAAGGACCUGAAGAAAAAGAAUGAAAUCCUGAAGUCGCAGUACUACUCGCAGCGCGAUACACAGGCCGACAUACUGAAGACGCUGAAGACAAAUUUGGAGGAACAGUAUGGAAAGGUCGACAAGUACGAGAUGCUCAUCGAACAGCUGCACAGAUCCAUGGACGACAACCAGGAGCAGAUCCGCAAAGAGGCCGUGGAGAAGGACGAAAUGUGGAGUCUGAAACUGCAGGAAGCACAGGCGAAGGUAAUUCUUUCCACAAUCCGUAUUCUUUUAGAGAUAUGUCCGUGUACUACAUGUGCAUAUCCCGUGUCAUGCAGUGCAAAAACUUCACACUGAAAAGUUAAAGUUUCAUAAAAACUGAAUUUCCAGAUCGACGAUCUCCAGACGGCGCUGGAGGGCGUGAAAUCCUAUAUCAAAAAGCGCAACGAGAUAUCAGAUGCAAAAAUGUCUAGGUGGUCUGGACGAGGUGAUAGAAGCAGCAUGGUCAUGCUCAUGGUGUGCAGGAAAGAUCAAGACAAUAAGCAGGCAAUUUGUAAAUAAGUGGCGCUGUCGCAUCUCCCGCAACAGCGGUACUAGUAGGUGCUUUUCCGCAAGAACUGUACAGGCAUCGUAGAGACAGUGUAGUACAGGCGAAAUAUUAGCUACCGUGACGAGCGCAAAAUCAGCGCAAGGCUACUUCUUGGUUGCGACUACCUUGUACCAGACCUCCACUACAAAUUUGCGAUGCAUAGAUGAUGCAAGAGAACCUGGAGCAGCUGGAGCAAAAACUGAAGGAAAAGGACGAACAGCGAGACAACGAGGUGGCACAGUUGGACCGAAAAAAGGCCAUGGAAAUAGACCAGUUGAAAAAGGAUAUGCUCGCAAGGAUACGAGACACCCGGGAUAGCUUGAGGUGCCGUGCCAACUGUUGCAACAGACUUGAAUUUGACGUAUGUAUGUAUGUAAAUGAGAAAGUCAAGUGAAUUAUCUAGUCGAUUUUUCAUCUUCGAGCUACAUGUAGAUGUACGACUACGAUUACUUUUCUUACAUAGAUGUAUUCCUCUACUCGCUCAAAACAAACGGAGCAGUCUGGUCAAAAGCCAAUCAACAUUUGACUUGUUUUUUUCAGGCUGAAGACCAAAGAGCAGCUGGACGUGAUUACGAAACGCACGAUUAUGGAGAACGAGCAGAUGAGCAGCGAGCUUGCGUUUCAGCGGAAGGAGGUGGAAAAAGUCGUGACCCGCUCGAAGCACUUAUCCGAAGAAAACGCCAAGUUGCGGCGCAACAUGGAGCUGCACACAGAAUUGGAGGAGGAGCUGGCCAAGCGAACUCAUGUCUACCAAAAAUUGAUCAAGAAACUCAACACCAAGGUACUUGUUACGAUCUUGCUUCACAUCAAAAGUCAGGAACUUGCACGUAGUUUUGUUCUUUUUGAUCUCACCGCCCGCCGUCAAAAGUAGGAGCAGGCGAGGUUCGUUGGUGGUCGACGUGCGUGCGGUGUACUAGCACAGGAGCAUGUAAGUAGUAAAUUCAGUGUAGGAAGUAAAUACGUAGAAUGGAUGGAACAAGAGUAUGUUAGUCGUGUCUCUUCGACCCUGGAUUUUCUACUUCCAUAUCACCAGAUAAAUCUUUUCAGCAGUGAUGUACAACUCGAAAAGUAUGUAAGGAGGCUUCCAUGCAGCUUACCUUUCAAAAGAUUGUGCUGCGUUUCUUCGCAUUUCAAACACGUUGCACACACCACUGUCAGGUCGAGGGUCUGGAGGCGAAAGUAGACGAGCUGCAGGACGAGCAGAAUUACCUUAACAAGCACCAAUCUGCCUCCCCGAAUACAGUGGAAAUGUCCGUCAACAUUACCAACACCGAGAUCCUCGCCUCCCCCAAGGCCUCACACGUCAACACCGCGUUGAUAUGAUCCAGUGCACGACUAAGUUCUUUGUCGUAUAUCUUUAGUGCACCAUAGCAUAUGGUGUUUGAUGAAUCUACAAUAAAGUCGUGGGUGUGCGUGGUAUGGACAUGGAAAUGGAAUUACGACUAAAUAAGGACCUCUCGGCGUCCUGUUGCAUAAGAGGACACGGGAUCCAAUUCUUGCGUCCCCCUGCUUUGGCUCCAGCUUGACUUGGCCGAUCUCACUCUAUCUCUUGAAGCUCGCCCCACCUACAUGCAGAAUGGAGAGGUUCUCUAUCACGCGUAUUGUGCAGCAAGUGAUGUACUUACUAGAAAUAAAGAUGUACGAAACGCAGAACUUUUGCGAAAGUGCAUAACAUCAAAAAGAGGCAACGAGCAGAAGUGCAAAAAACAGUGCCCGGAACGCAACCGAGACCGUGACGCUGCAGAGUAACAAGAUCGGAAACAAUUUUGUAAAUUCCGGGAACAAGCCAAGCGGAUCUUCCACUUCAUCCAGCAAACCUUCCGGCGCCGCGGCGAAAAAGGGUCCAGGCUACUUUAAUAACCCAAACGCUAGUGCAGCGACUUCUAGCAACGGAAAUAGUAAAACUAGUGCAGGCAAUAAUGCAGCGGCUUCGCAGCAGGCAAGGAAAGAUCAAGCAAGUGGCUCUUCCCCGCGGCAGCAGAGCGAUCCGCAGUCCAAUGCCAGUUCGCCAGUAGACGCCGCAAAGAAUCAGCAAGACGGCGCCGAGCAUCAAGGGGUGCAUGGGAGUGGCGGCGCAGCCACGUCGCACAGUUCAUCUUCUUCGAGUGGCAACCAUAAUAAACCGGCGUAUUUGCCACGGGACGAGCGGGCUCUACUGCAGGCAGAAAUCGAAAGCUUGCGGAGACGCUUGGAGCAGUCCACCGACGAGCUGAAAAGGUUUCGCCGGGACCACCUGGCGGUGCUGAAUUUGAGUGACCACGCAACCAGAAUGAUCAUCCUGGAGCUCUACGAACUGAAACGGGCGAUGGAUGACUCGGCGACUAAAGAGGUAAGUAAGUAGUUGCAGUUUGAGUUUCGCUUUCGACGAUCAACAUCUGCAGCAUUCUCAUUCAUGAUACCAUGCAUGUUGCUCUAUCAUUGAAUGCGUACUUGUAGUAGUUUGUGUUGCGCAGAACAAAAAUCCAUAUGUACUUUCUUAUACCGAACAGGGGUCGCUGGACACCUUUUUCGAACGCGAAGAGCUCGCCCUGUCCGGGUUUUCGGCCAAUCAGAAUCCGUUCAUGCUGGCGAAUAUGCAUUGCAAAAGUAUCGUACUAGUACAAAUUGCGUCACAAAUUUUGGCAAGCAGAAUAAAAAUGGAAUUUGUAAUGCUGAUUCAUAUUGGGAGUCAUGCAUGACUGCAAUAUCACCAGUGCAAGUGCGAUGCUUUUGCACUGCAUAGCGAAUCAGCAGCAGCAGAUCAUCGAUCCGGGUCAGCACAUCUUCACGCAGCUGACGAACAAGCAACGGCAGUCCUUUUUCCGGUUUUUGCUUGAGAAGCUGGUGCACAAGAGGCUCGAACCGAAGACGCGCAAAGUUCUCGACGCGGUCCUCCAGCACUUCAGCACGGCAAACGCCUCCACGCAAACCACCCCAGACCACGCGGGUGACAUCGCACUGGUGCCGCCGGUGCCACGGGGGCCCCGCGCCCAAAACAUGAUGACGCCCCUGUACCACGACGACAAGGUGCGCAUGGUGCGCGGGGAAGUCCGGCAGUGGGGGUCGAGUGCGGCCGGGAGCAGCGGCGCGGCGGUAGUUGCACCUGGCGGUCAGCACGGCAGUGGGAACAAUGGUAACACCUCCUCGGUGGUUCCACGACCCGCAGCAAAGAGACGACUGGUGCUGUCCUAGCGCCAGCUGCUGUUAUUUCCAGAAGUGUAAGUCGAUAAACGUUGUAUUGAGUAAAAUAAUGUGCAAAUAAUCUCCACCUUGACCUUGCUGUAGCGAAAAAAACAAAAUUGAAAAGUUUCCACACUUUCAGAUAGGCCUUGGCGAUGUGUACGAUGAAUAAUGCUCGUGAUGAGUAUUCCUGUUCUUUCUCGUGGCCGGCGAGGAUGUCACUAAUUAUACCAAAUUAAAUACGAAACACCCAUCAAUGUAUAUGAUUUAGGACGUAGAUGAAUGCUGAAUGAAUCCAAUAGGUGGCAAUCUGAUACUACAGUAUGCUUCGCUCUAUGAGUCGAAGGAAGUAAAGAUAAUUCUGCUUUCGGAAUUUUUAGGACAACAUGGAAAACCAACAUAAGAUCAAAGAGCAAGACUGAUUUUCUGCAAGAAAAAAAUGUUGGCUGGUAAGAGAAGACUUCUUCAUUUCCGCUUUUCUAGUAGGGCUCUCUCUUUGUACAUCCAUUGCUGUGUGGCGUGAAUUCAGCACGUCGUGUAAAUCCUAUGCAAUUGUGCUUUUAUCUUUUACUCUCAUGUCAGAAUCUGAAUCUCCAGAAGCAGCCACCUGGAAAGAAAACAUUCUCGGCCCCGUUAUUCGGUUCGGUACAACUCGAAGUCAUGGCAUGGUGUGC